AGUCAAGCAACGCAUUCUGUCUAGCAUAAGUUUGGCUGGCAGCUGGAGGUUAGCUGAUUCAAAGAAUUAAACGGAAUGAAUUAAAAUCAGUCUUUCGGUGCAUUCGUGAUUUCCCUUCCGGAUAAAACGCCGAGCGACGGAAGUACAUUUCGAGUUCUGUAUGGCAGCGGCUGCCGCACCACUUCAACUUCUGAGAUAUAAUCCGCCUUCGAAUCAGUCAUAAAGUUUAGAAUCAAGAGCGAAUCCAAUCAGUUCAGUGCAGUGUCGGUCGGCGCACGUUCACUUUUAAAACCAAUUGUAUAUACAAACAAAGCUACGAGUCUCGAAUACGCAGCAGUUUACAAUAAUUAUUCAUUUUAACAUUAAGUGCUGCGCUGAACGAAUGAUUAGAUUGUUUUUGAAGCUGUUAAGAGCAGUUCUGUGUAAAAAAUUAAUACAAAUAUACUUUCAAGCUUGUGUCUAAUUUUAAAUCUCAGCUUUUGGUGCUUUCAUUUGUUCGUUAAUUACUUUCCUUCCGGCUAAUGACCGGUUUGGCUACGCGACGUGUUUAAAAUUACUUUUUCGUGUGUGUAAUUGUGUUUUUACUCAAAAAUGUUUCUUCAAAAAAUCACGCGCAAACAUGUCAUAAUAUUGCUGAGCCUUUGUGUUGUAAUAGCAUUGGUAUUUCUCAUAUAUUUUUACACCACCACUGGCCGGCGAGGGGAAACUAAUAGGUGGAUAAACGACGUUAAUUGUCCCACAGUGUCGGUGAACAACUCGAACUCUAUGCUGAAGCUUGUGCAUAUUGUGUUUCGUCACGGUGCCCGCACUCCGGUGACCACCUAUCCAAAUGAUCCUUACGUGAACGAUACGUUUUAUCCCACAGGUUGGGGUCAUGUAACAAAUAAAGGAAAAGUCGAAUUAUACCACCUUGGAGAGUGGCUACACAGACGUUAUGGAAAAUUUCUGGAGCCGCACUAUUCUCCUGAGUACGUUUACGCUCAAUCAACGGCAUCACCGCGUGCGCUAAUGUCUAUGUCUACCGUUCUAGCCAGCUUCUUUGCGCCGCGUGGUACCGAUAUGGAAUGGAAUACCGAAUAUAAUUGGCAGCCAAUACCUGUUUUCUCAGAGCCUUUGGAGCAAGACUCGCUGCUUUUAGUUCGCACACCCUGUCCGCGUUUUUUCGAGGCACGCGAUGAAGUAUUUCAAUUGCCGAAGGUGAAAGCUGAAUUGGCGGAGCAGGAAGAUCUUUUUCAAAACUUGACUAAAUUAGCUGGAGUGCCUAUUAAAAAUGCCGAUGAUGUGAAUUCUCUUUACAACACUCUAUUAGCAGAGCAAGAAUUCGGGUACACCUUGCCAACGUGGACGAAGGAUUACUUUCCCAAAAAAAUGCAAUUUUUAGCCGAGCAAAGCUUUAUCUAUAACGCCUACACGAAAGAAAUGCAAAAGAUUAAAGGUGGUCCCUUCCUUAAGAAGAUGUUUGCCGAGAUGUUGGAGAAGCGUAAUAGCAAACUUAGUCCCGGUAAUCGUAAGCUAUUCAUCUAUGCUGCCCAUGACUGGACGGUAGGCAACAUAAUGGCGUCGUUGAAUCUAUGGAAAGGUCAAAUGUUGCGCUUUGCGGUUACACUUAUUUUCGAGUUACACCAAAACCAGCAAACCGGCGAAUAUUACAUUGAGAUUUAUUUACGAAAUAGUGAGGACGGCUGUGCUGAGUUGCUGUCUGUGCCGAAUUGUGGCGCACAAUGCCCGCUGGAUAGACUAAUUGACUUGAAUGCUGAUGUUAUACCAAAUGAAACAUAUGAGGAGCGUUGCAAAGCGAAAAAUCCUAAUUUCGUUGAGCCGCCAAAGCGUUCAGUGGAACGUGACCCGAACUCGAAACUUUAGUAAAAUUUAUUUAUAAAACAAGUAUUAAUAUUAAGUGCAAAAAGUAUUAAUAUUUUUAAUUUAUGAUUGCUGUUGUGUAUGGUAUAUUGGAAUCUAGUUGGAAAGUGAGAAAGUAAUUAAAUACUUAUUAUAUUACUUAUA